UUGAAUGACUAAGAUAUGGUCUUCCAGCCAAAUUGUAAAGAACAUAGUUCUAUUGUAUUUCUGCAGUUGAAAUCUGGCAGCAAUCUGGAAAUGAGCAAGUUGCAAGGAUUGAAGAUUGAUCAUUCAUAUUCAGUGACAAAAGUGCAGAAAGUUCGACUGGGCAACACAGCAGAUAAACUGUCCAUGAUCAAAUUGAGGAACCCUUGGGGUAAAGGCGAGUGGUUGGGCCCAUGGAGUGAUAAUUCAAAGGAGUGGCGGAAGAUUAGCAAAAAGGAGCGUAAAAAAAUUGGUACCGGCAUUAAGAAUGAUGGAGAAUUCUGGAUGGCAUUUGAAGACUGGUAUAAAUACAUCACCAAUGUAAUAGUUUGUCGAAUGAUAAACACCUCUUACCUGACUAUUCGCAAGACAUGGGAUGAGGUGAUACUCCGUGGGGCUUGGAGUAGAUACGAAGACCCACUACUAAACCGUGCAGGGGGCUGUACGAAUUUCCAGCACACAUUCCUGCAAAAUCCACAGUACGUAUUUGAUGUCACAAAGAAGGAGGAUGAAGUGCUUAUUUCUCUGCAGCAGAGAGACAAACGUAUUCACAGGAAAGAAGGCAAAGGAAGUAAUCUGACCAUUGGUUUCAGUAUCUUCAAGGUGGAACUCAACCGAGAGUAUAGGUUGCACAGUUCACAUCAGAAAGUGUCUGGGUCAACCUACAUCAAUACGCGAAGUGUUUCUCUGCGGACAUGCCUGAGAAAAGGUCGUUACAUCAUCACCCCGACCACCUUUGAACCAUACAUCGAGGGUGAUUUCCUUCUGAGGAUCUAUACGGACGUAGCCUCUAGGUGCAGGGAGCUGACCCUUGACAAGCCACAGGUGACAUGUUGGAAUAUUAUUAUUCGUUACCCACGGAUUGUUACCCUGGUCCAGCUUCACAGUGCAACAGACCUGCCAAAGCAGAAUUCCUCUGGAGGAGCAGAUCCAUAUGCAGUUUUCAAAUGCGAAUAUCACAAAAUCUCUACAGCUAUUUUUGAAGACACGCUGAAUCCUCAAUUUGACACCAAAGCUAUUUUUUACAGGAGAAACCCCAAGCUUCCAAUAAUCAUUCAGAUCUGGAACAGCAACAAAGUGUGUGAUACAUUAAUUGGUGAGGUGACCCUUGAAGAAUCCCAAGAUAACUCUAGCAGACAGCAGAUCCUUCAACUUCAGACAAAGGACAGACAGGAAAGUGAAAUGCCAAGCUACAUCACCAUCACUGUCACCAGUAGCAACAACCUUGCAGCAUUUUGAAAAUGAAGAAUGUCAAAAUAACAUCGCUGCAAAGGAGAGUUUCAUCCACUUCCUUUUGUUUGUUUGUAACAGAGUUUGAAGAUUUGGAGAGGCCUGCAACAUGAAGGAAUCUGUUGGCAUACUUUUCCCAUUCUCUCCCCAAUGCCUAUCCCAAAAACAAAAGAAUUCCAAAUUUAGUCCAGUUUAAGAGAAUAAGUAUCAAUAUUAAUUAUUUUGUGAUAGCAGUGACCAACAUUUUACUCUUUAUAUUACAAUCAGUUUGUAAUUUUAAUUAGUUCAAACAGCUGAGAAUUUGAUAGAAUGUGCCUGUACAAAUAGGAAUGAUUGUGAAAGACACAUAUCAACAUUUCCUUUAAAAAAUCAUUAUUUCUGAUUUUUUUUGUAAAUUACAUCUUAUCUCCCAAAAGAGAUUAACAAUCUUAUUCCCAAACUGACUUAUUAUGUGUUAUAAAUGUGUUAAACAUUUGAGUCAACUGUACCUUCUAACAUUUUGGAUUUUGUUUCUAGUGACACCUCUCAUCUAAUUUGAUGGAGAAUCUUAAUGUUAAUAGGAGUUGAUUCACACUGCUCUAUUUAUAACCAUCAAGUGCAUUAGCAUUUCAUCCAAGUUGGAUACCGUGUCUUUGAUUUGGAUGCUUUUCAAACACAGAAUAAACAAGCGUCUAAUGGGAAAGUCACAAUUCACCAUAAGGAACAAUGAACAGAAUUUAUGAUUGGACUUAUAUUAAUCAAAAUCUUCAUAUAGUGCACAAAUGGUGGCAGGAAAGUACAGACCACAAUCAGAUCAGUCACAAUCUUAUCAAAAAGUGGGGCAGAUCUGAAGGCCAAAUAAUCUAUUCCUGCUCCUAAUUUGUAUGCUUGGAUAAUAAUACAAAAUAAGGAGCAUAGAAAAUACUUUGAUGAAGAAUAAAAGGUAAGAUUUUCAAAUUUGCUGAUGACACAAUGGAUAGGUUAAGUGAGUGCAGAAAGACAUGGUAAAUGGAGUAUAAUGUAGGAAAAUGUGAAAUUGACCAUCUUGACGCAAAGAAUAAAGAGAAGAUAUUAUUUAAAUGUUGACAGAUUGCAGAACCUUGACUUGAGGUAAAUCUGGGUGUCCCAGUAAAUUCCAAAAGGUUGGUAUACAGGUAGGACAAGCAAUUAGGAAAGCUAAUAGAAUUUAUCACAAGGGGAACUGAAUACAAAGUAGGGAGGUUAUGCUUCAGUUAUACAGGGGGUUGCUGGAGUACUGUACACAGUAUUGCUCACCUAAUUUAAGGAAGGAUGAGAAUAUGUUAGAAUUAGUUCAGAGAAGAUUACCAGGCUAAUGCCUGGAAUGAGUGGGUUAACUUGUAUGGUACGGUUAGAUAGGAUAGGCUUGUACAAAUUGCAGUUUUGAAAAGUAAGACGUAACUUGACUCAAACAUAAAAGAUUUGGUGGAGGAGACUUGGCAGGGUAGAUGUGGAGAGGAUGUUUCCUCUUAUGGAAACAUAGAACUAGGGGUCAGCAUUCUCAUUAAUUUUGUUUCCAUCUAAAUAGACUGUCAUGGUCCAUAAGUGGCAGUCACUUUCAUCCCAGCAUUGAUCUCCGUGGCACACCAUUCAUUAUAUCUUGCCAACUUGAAAAAGACCCAUUUAUGCCAACUCUGGUUCUUGUUAGCCAGUAAGCCUGUGAUCCCAACUAUCAUGAGUUUUUAUUUUCCCCAAUAACUUUUAAUCUGGCACUUUUUCAAAUGCCUUCUGGGUAUACAGUACAUGCAUCAGUUCCCCCAUAUCUAUGACAAAGUGUUACCUCAUCAAAGCACUCCAACAGAUUUGUCAAAUAUGUCUUGCCUUUCACAAAACCAUCUUGACUCUGCCCAAUUACACUGAAAACCAAAUGUCCUGCUACAAAGUCUUUAAUCAUAACUUCUAACAUCUUCCAUAUGACAGAUAUUAGUCUUAUGGGCCUGUAAUUUCCUGCUUUCCAUCUCCCUCCUUUUUUUGAAUAGAAGUAUUAUAUUUGCUACCUUCCAAUGGGACUGUCUCUGCAUUAAGAAAGUUUUUGAAAAAAAAAACCAUGCAUCAACUAUCUCACUAGCCACAUCUUUUAAGACGCAUGGAUGAGGUCCAUUGAGAUGGAAGCACUUGUCAGCCCACUGCUCCAUUGAUAUGCUGAAUUGUGAAUUUUUCUGACUCCCUCUGUCUCUUCCAUUUAUAGAUUUAUCACUGCUUCUGGAAUAUUACUUAUAUCUUCUUAUAUAUUGCUUACUUAAUGAACAUAGAAAUAAAAUAACUUUUUAAAUCA